CUAGCGGCGCAGAGCGGGAUGAUAGUGCGCAGGCACAGGGCGGACCCAGUGUCUAUGGUAACCCGAGGGGAUGCUGGGCAGUGAGUGGGCUGGAAAGGGGAGAGAGAUGGAGGAGCCGGAGAGCCCUAGAGGUGGCCGCCUGCCAUGGGAAUGCUUCUCAGCCUGGCUGGACGGAGUGUGUGUGGUUACCUUCGACCUGGAGCUGGGUCAGGCGAUGGAGCUGGUGUACCCCCAUAACACCCGGAUCACAGAGAAAGAGAAAACUAAUAUUUGCUACCUGUCCUUUCCAGACUCCUAUUCAGGAUGUCUGGGUGACACACAAUUCACUUUUCGAAUGCGGCGCUCUGCAGGGCAGAGAAGCAUAUUUCAAGACAAUGAAAAGUACAAUAGAGAAGCUCCUGUUACGUUACAGAGAGAUCCCGCCCAUUACUAUGGAUAUGUAUAUUUCAGACAAGUGAAAGACAGCUCUGUGAAAAGAGGUUACUUCCAAAAGUCUUUAGUUCUCCUUUCAAGUUUGCCAUAUACCAAUCUCUUCCACACACUUUUGCAACUGAUUGCACCUGAAUAUUUCAACAAACUGGAGCCAUGUCUUGAAGCUGUAUGUAACCAGAUUGACCGCUGGCCAUUUCCAGAACCAGGACUUUCACUGUCUCUACCAAUCAUGGGCCUUGUUCUACAGGUCAAAAUUCCAGGCCAUGAUGAUCUAUUGGAGACAAAUGCUAUUACAGAUCAUCAAAAAGACCGCCUGGAUCCUCCUUAUCACAUCUCCAGCAUCCACGAGUUGGAUCUUUUCAGAUCCUUUCAGUCUGUACUGAUGAACCUCCAGUUACUAUGGGAGUUGGUUCUACUUGGGGAACCUUUGGUUGUUAUGGCUCCUUCUCCAACCAUUUCCUCUGAGAUUGUACUGGCAUUAACUGGAUGCAUUUCGCCUCUGAAGUUUUGUUCAGACUUCCGUCCAUAUUUCACUAUCCAUGACAGUGAAUUCAAAGAAUAUACAACAAGGACACAGGCUCCACCUAGCCUUCUCCUAGGAGUCACCAAUCCUUUUUUCAUAAAAACUUUGCAGCAUUGGCCACACAUUCUACGAGUAGGAGAACCCAGGAUAUCUGGGGAUCUGCCAAAGCAAGUAAAACUGAAGAAGCUAACAAAACUAAAGACGCUGGAUACUAAAACCGGAAUGUAUACCUCCUACAAGCCAUUUCUUCAUAAAGACAAAACACUGAUCAAACAGUUGCUAAAGGGUCUUCAGAAGAGGCUCCCAUCUUCUACGCUGAGUUUAUUGCUUCAAAAACAUCUGUUUGAGCUUACACAAAGCUUUAUGCUUCCACUGGAGAGGUACAUUGGUAGUCUGAUGCCACAUCACAGUUCUAUAACCCCUUGGAAGAAUCCACCCCAGGUGAGACCUUUCCAGCAAGAGGAGCUCAUGAAGAUGCUGGAACACACAGGACCUCAGUUUAGCUCUACAAUAAAAGGGGAUUGGAUGGGGCUGUACAGGCGUUUUUUGAAAUCUCCACAUUUCGAUGGUUGGUAUCGUCACAAACAACGUGAGAUGAGAGAGAAGCUGGAAACGGCACAUCUCAAUGUCAUCUGUGAAGCUAACAUUGGAGCAUGGAUCAAGAACAAAUCAGAAGUGGAGAUUGUAGAUCUGGUAUUGAAGCUAAGGGAUAAAUUGCUCAGGGCUCACAGACAACACCUUCCUAUCAGCUCUACUUCCUUGGCCAAGCUGAGACUUCACAUUGAUGAAGUAAUCCAUUCGCUUCCUGAAGAUUUGCAGAGCAUUUUGCAUCCUCAGUAAAUUUCAGUAGCAUUCCCAAACAUUCCAAGACCCGUAGAGAAUCUUGCAUUAUAUGUAAACCCUCUUGUAUCUAUUUCAUCAAGACAAUCUUCUGCAGGACUGAUAAGAGAAACUAGAGAAAAAAAAGCAACCCUAAUAUUUAGGAGAAACCUGUAAUGCCAACACCAUACAAGGCUCCAAAGCACUGGAAGAUCUACAGUAUGUUUUUUAUUUGCAAAUUACGAAAUCUGUAAAAAAAAAAAAAAAUUAACGUCUGAUUUACUGGGAUCCUGCAUUAUCACCAAAGGAACAAGCACAACAAAGAUGGUCCCAUGUAAAGAUAGCUUAUUGGGUGCUUGGUUAUACCAACCUUUGAAGAGGCAAUGAAAUAUGUAACCUAUUUUUCUUCAAUACUGAUACUUUAUUGCUUAUGUAACAAUAGAGGUUUGUGUAAUUUGCUAAAGAGUUUGGGAUUCUUCUGUGAAUAGUUCACUUUUGUUAAUCUCUGAAUUGGUUCAGCUAUAGCUAGAACUACACCCUUCAGUUCAGCAAGACCUAUAUUGGAGCUGGGCUUUAAGUGGAUGAUACUAUGUUUUAUAUUCUGUAUUACUUUGUGCAAAAUGCUGCACAGGGCAUAUUUUCAUAUAUGUCACUAUAUUUAUUGAUUUAAGUUAAAUGUAAUAUAACAACAUUUGAAUUUAUUGUGAUGUAAAGCUGUUUAGACAUCCACAUGUGCAUUAACAAAUAUGUGGUUUGACCACCCUUUUGCUUCUGAGGUGAAUGCAGGCUUUAAUACCUGCACAGUGUAGGUCAGGGGUCUCCAAA